AAAUUGAGCACUCUGAUAUUUCGCCUUGAUCUGUUUGAUGGUUAGAAAGGUGAAAACGAUCAGGCAAAUGAACAUAUUGUCACCGAAUGAAUUGUUGGAGCAAGUUGUGACGAUAUGUAACCUUAGGACAGGUCAGUUCAGUUACACUUCACACCCACCCUCACAGGGCUCGUUACAAAAGCAGGUUCGUCACCACACCCACCAUUAAUUAAUGGGCAGAGGGCGUUGGAUGGACGUCAAAGUUUUCAAAUUGGAAGGGAGGAAGAUGUUGGGUGGUGGCAUUUAAUGCCCUUAUCCAACAGAUGAGACACGGCCAACCUAAUUCCCAAGCCUAGUAUUCAUAUAUUUAUGAAGAUGACGGGAAGCGGUGUGAAUGGAAUGAUCGGCAUGGAAGGGGGUAGGGUGGAGGAGAGCAUAGGGGAGCUGAGACGAACCUUCAGAAGCGGAGAAACCCGAAGCGCUGCUUGGAGAAAAGCCCAGCUUAAAGCACUUCUCCAGCUGCUCCGCGACAAUGAAAAUAAGAUCUUCGAAGCGCUUAAACAAGAUCUUGGAAAGCAUCCUGUGGAAUCUUACAGAGAUGAGCUUGGGGUUGUGGAAAAAUCUGUCAAGUAUUCUUUGAGCCAUGUGGAUGAAUGGAUGGCCCCCAAAAAGAGCUCAUUGCCCUUGAUUUUCUUCCCAGGAAAAGGACAAGUGCUGCCCGAACCACUUGGCCUGGUUCUCAUAUUCUCGUCUUGGAACUUCCCCAUCUCACUGGCAUUGGACCCUGUGAUAGGAGCAAUAUCUGCAGGGAACUCAGUGGUUUUAAAACCUUCUGAGCAAGCCCCAGCAUGCUCUUCCUUCCUAGCAAAUACCAUCCCUCUUUACCUGGACAGCAAAGCCAUUAAAGUCAUUGAAGGCGGAGCAGCAAUCAGCCAACAAUUACUGCAGCAAAAAUGGGACAAGAUUUUCUUUACUGGGAGUCCAUCAGUGGCACGCAUUGUCAUGUCAGCUGCUGUGAAGCAUUUAACGCCUGUUACUAUAGAGCUGGGUGGGAAAUGCCCUACCAUCUUUGAUAACCUUUCCAGCCCUUCAGAUACAGAGGUCGCUGUUAAGAGGGUAGUUGGAGGAAAAUGGGGGCCGUGCAAUGGGCAAGCCUGCAUAGGGGUCGAUUAUGUGCUUGUGGAAGAAAAGUUUGCCUCUCAUCUGAUUGAAAUGCUGAAGAAGACCAUCAAGAAAUUCUAUGGUGAAAACCCCAAAGAAUUGAAGGACAUCUCCAAAAUUGUCAAUAAGCACCAUUUUCAGAGAUUGCACAAUCUUCUUAAAGAACCUCUUGUGGCGGCUUCCAUAGUUCAUGGUGGCUUAAUAGAUGAAGAGAAAUUAUUCAUCGAGCCUACAAUCUUGUUAGAUCCUCCGCUUGAUGCCGAGAUCAUGACAGAAGAAAUCUUUGGCCCACUGCUUCCAAUAAUCACACUGAAAAACAUAGAAGAAAGCAUUGAAUUCAUAAACUCAAGGCCCAAACCCCUAGCCCUCUAUGCCUUCACCAAUGAUGAAGCAUUCAAGAGACGGAUUCUAUCAGAAACAUCUUCAGGAAGUGUGACUUUUAAUGAUAUCAUUAUUCAGUUUGUUUGCGACACAUUGCCCUUUGGAGGUGUGGGACAGAGCGGGUUUGGGAGGUAUCAUGGGAAAUACUCAUUUGACACGUUCAGCCAUGAAAAGGCAGUUCUGCGGAGAAGUUUUUUCCUUGAACUUGAGCCCAGGUUUCCUCCAUGGAAUGAUUUCAAGCUAAAAUUCAUCAGAUUGGUUUACAGCUUUGACUACCUUGGACUAAUACUACUCUUGCUGGGGCUAAAGAGAUAGGAGUGAGAUGGAGAAAGCUUUAGCCCCAAAUAUCAAAUACCAGUGCCUUCCAGUUGUAUUCCUGUAUUCACUGUCUACUUUUAUACCCCAAAUCAUGGCAUUGCUUAUAAGUAUUAACUAUGUUACAAAUUUGAAAAAUGUUCUCUAUGGCCUUUGGGGCCCAAUUAGAAAUUGCAAUAAAUUAUGGUGUCUUUCCUGAUUGUUUAAAUUUAGAAAUUAUCUUUUUUUUUCAUGUUUCUAGAAAUUAUGCAUCUAUUUAGGUAUUGAAGAAUGAUCUAUUGUCUAGAACAAAAAGUACGAUAGAUUAUUUUCUAUUUUUUAUUUUUAAAAACUAAAACAAGGUGUUUCAAAAAAAUAUGUUUUAUUUGUUUUUUUGAGAUUUUUUUCUAAAAAUCAUUAUAUAAAUACUUAAAAUGAUUAAAAAUAAAAAUAUUAAAAACAGAUUAAAAAUAUUUUAAGUUUUUAAAUAAACUUUUAUUUUACAAAUAUCAAAUAACAAUUUUUAUACUUUCAAUUGUUUUAUUUUAGCCCUAUUUUGGUUACUUGACGUGUAUUUAAAGUAAAAAAUAAAAAAGGAGAAAUUUUACAAAUUGUACAGCCAGAACUGUAGUGAACAUUACGCGUGAUUUAUUAUUUGACGGCAUUUGUGUACUUCACAAUUGAAUUGGGCCUACGGUGGAUGGAAACGCCCCUCCCUCAUCAUCCUCAACUUCUUCGUCGCCGCCCUGGAGUCCACAUUUCCACGCUACCAAAUCCACAAUUCCAGAAUAUCCGAAACGAUGUCGUAUUGUCCAUGAGAGAUCUGCCCCUCUCGCUAAUCUCUGCCCGGAGAUUCUUCGCUCAUCGUUUUCGAGAUCCGAAAGCCUCGUGUAUCAGAAUCCCAGACCUAAUGGCGGACGAGUUAUCCAAGAACCAACCACUGGAAUCCAUGGAGAAUAGCAACAAGAAAGGGGAGCAACAACCGGAGAAAUCGCCGCCGCCGCCUCUGCCGGAGAAGCCGUUGCCGGGUGAUUGUUGCGGCAGCGGAUGCGUCCGGUGCGUGUGGGACGUGUAUUACGAGGAGCUAGAAGCUUACGACGAAUAUUACAGGAAUGAAUCCAAGCCCAAAUCUUAACCCUCUUAAUACUGCUUUCUUCAACAAACUCCAAUUACAGAUGCGUAUUUCUUCAUCAGAAAUUCUUUUGAUGUAUAAGGAAUCGUUCAAUUGAUUAUCUUAGGAUUUAUGUCAAUCAGAUUUGUUGGGAAAUGUCGUUGGGAAUCUAUUCUUGUUCAAUA